AUGGAUCAAGUUAGCCCGCCAAAAAUGGACGGGCAACCUCCCUCCGAAGAGCAAAAGGAAACUGAAAGGUUGACGGAUAACGCUUCUCUAAAAGCUCAACUGGAACAAAUGUUUGCACCUUUCGAUAAAUCUGGCCUUGGGAGAAUUGCUUCUAAAGACCUGUUCAAGAUAAUUGAAGCUUUCGAAUCCGAACAAAAAACUAUUUUGUUGAAAGAUGAAGACCGGACUACUCUUCAAAUGUUCUGCGAACAAAAUCCUGAUAUGGAGAUUUCUGUUGAUGAUGUUCUUCAACUAGUGACUAAACUCAAAACCCCUCCAACCAAUGUUACAGCGUCUUCGUCCUAUAGUUCGAAUGUUGUUUCAGAGCAGCCAACCAAAAGUAAGAUCAAAUAUGGUUCUAUACGAUCUGCUUGGCCCCUUAAUCGUCCUUCACCACGUACUCAUAAAAGCAGAGAAGCCUUAACACUUUCUACUGAAAUAGAUGAAGAAUAUGGCUCUUCAAGUACUAGUGCAACCUCCCGUUCCAGAAGAAUGUCGUCUGGAUAUUAUGAUUCUCCCAGCGGCGUGCUGGGCUCUAAUUUCUCAAAACUACAUUAUGAUACAUCUGAUGAUCAUGAAAUGUCAUUCGAGGGAAGUGGCGGAUUUGAUGAUACGGUUUCCCAACUAUUACCUACAAACGAUGAUCCUGCUGUCCAACUCAGCAGAUUAUACCGUCACACUGUUGACCUUACAAAACGACUCAAAGAAUCUGAACGUCAUUUGGCUUCUGUUGCUCGUCAACACGAAGACCGUAUUGAAGAACUUCAGCAUAAACUGGAAGAGACAAAAGCGGAUCUUGUGGCUAAAAAGCGCGAAAUUCAAGAUCAUAAAAAUAAAGAAAAGACAAACCUACAUCAAAUUGCACAAUUGGAAGGUGAAAUUCAGAUAAUAGCAAAGAAUUUAUCUGGCCAAAUGCAACUCUAUCAUCAAUUGAAAAAACAAUACGAAGAACAACGCGAGGAGGCGGAGAAACUCAGGGAUAUUGUCAAGACCAAAGAGGAAGAGUUAUCUAAUACGCAACGGAAUCUUAGUGUUAUGUCUUCUGAAGAAAAAAAGCUUACUGAAUUUGAUGUAGAAGACGUUGGUUCUGGAAAGAAUUUACGUGCUGAGUUGCAUGACACCGCUCUUGCUUCAAUAUCCGAGGAGCAACAAGGUUCCGAUUCAAACACGGAUGAACUUAGGCGAUCGAACAGGGAACCUCGACCACGUAAAACCAACGAUGAUGAAUCUUUACACUCGCGACCCGGUGAAGUGGAGAAAUCUAGAGGCGCUGAGGAUCACGUUCGAAGAUCAAACGGUCAAAGAUCAGUUCGCCGACAAGCAACAGAUGCAAACAAUUCUCCACGUAACUCUACAGGCAAUAGAGAUGUAGAAUCGCAAUAUCAGAUAUUAUCAUCUGAGCUUGGGGUGCAAUAUGCACUGAUUGAAGGAAUUUUAAGGAACCGAGAUUUACCUUCUCCACACGAUAGACGAGAUCGACAAAUACGUAACAGCUUGGAUGGUGAUAGUGCUGAUUUAACAAGGAGAUUAUCACGUCAACCGUCUUCUCGCAAAAAUAGACGGAAAGCAAACCAUGUGUCGGAAAUUGAGCCACCUUCAGAAAGGGCUGAAAAUGCACAAUCAUCUAGGGCUCUUGUCCCACGAAAUAAUGAUAUGAAUGUUGCUCAACGCAAUGCCAUGGUUAACAAUACUGUAACCAUUGCAUUAUAUACUCUGGUUAUUUACUUCUUUGGUAUCAUUACUUCUGUAUUUGUUCUUGAUAAUAAUCAAGGACCAUACUCUUAUAGCGAUUGGUUACCUUAUGAGGUCGUUAAGGAUGAUAGUUGGACCGCACGUUCAAUGGAAAUCAUCUUAUACUGGGUUGAAAACCUAUUAAACGAUGGAAAUAUGCGAGUUCCUACGUAA